UAGAAGUCCAACAUACAUUUAUAUUUUCAGCAAGUAUAAAAGUAACAGCAGCCGCUGCCAGAAGCUCACUUCAGCCACAGAUCAGUCCUAGAGGAGCAAACAGAAGGCUGUGAUCAUGGGCAAGAUCAUCUUCUACGAGGACAGGAACUUCCAGGGUCGCCACUAUGAGACCAGCAGUGACUGUGCUGAGCUCACCUCUUACCUGAGCAGGUGUCACUCCUGCAGGGUGGAAAGUGGAUGCUUCAUGGUUUACGACCGCCCCAACUACAUGGGAAACCAGUACUUCAUGAGGAGGGGCGAGUACGCUGACUACAUGAGCAUGAUGGGAAUGUCUGACUGCAUUAGGUCCUGCCGUAUGAUCCCCAUGCACAGGGGAUCCUACAGGAUGAGGAUCUAUGAGAGGGAGAACUUCGGUGGUCAGAUGCAUGAGUGUAUGGACGACUGUGACAACAUCAUGGACCGCUACCGUAUGUCCAACUGCAUGUCCUGCCACGUGAUGGACGGUCACUGGCUGAUGUACGAGCAGCCCCACUAUCGAGGCCGCAUGAUGUACCUGAGGCCCGGAGAGUACAGGAGCUUUAGGGAGAUGGGAUAUGGAGGCACUAAUUUCAUGAGCAUGAGGAGGAUCAUGGAUUCCUACUACUAAAUUACAAUAAAGAUAUUUGCUCUAUUUUCUAA